AUGUCUCGUGAGCUGCGUCAACCUGAACGUCGUAUCAAAGCCAAACGGCUGAAGUACAACAAGCUUCGCUCGUCGUCUUCUGGUGACAUCAACCUACCAAUCUCUUCUUCAUGCACUUUCCUAUCAAAUGCAGGAGAUUCAUCAAAUCUACACAACAAGCUUUCUCACCAGAUUUCUCCUAUCGCACACUCACUACUCAUUAUCCCCAUUCACGCCGAUUUUCCACAAUCAUCUUCUAACCAGCCCAGACUCCACAUCUUCGUCAGAGCUGAGUUGUAUUUUAAAGCACUACUUAUAAGUCUACUUUAA